UACCAGGGGUGGGUGGGGCCCUCUCGGCAGUUCCUCCCUGAGAAAGCUUUCAAAACACAGAAAGGAGUAGCAAAUCGCCUUCAUCUGGAAACGCUGGACUCUGGGGCAUUGCCACCAGAUAUGGCAAUGGCUUCUCCCGAACAAAGCCAGGAUGUUAAUAAGGAUGUGGGUGUCAUGAACAUAGAAGAGCUUGAUGCUUCAGACUUUGAGAGAAGGCUUUCAUAUUUAAAUAUUGAUUUUAACCAGCUUACUUCUGAGAAAAAUAAAGAGCACGCCGCCAUACGCCAACAACUAGGGAGCAGUUACAACUUUAAAAUGAGAAGUGAAGCCAGGAGGCUGCAAUCAUUCCUCUCCUACAUCAAACUCUCGUCUUGGUGCCCAAAGCAAAUGGCCGCUGCUGGGUUUUAUUUCACAGGAGUGGAGCUCAGUGUCCAGUGCUUCUGCUGUGGGCUUGUCUUCUGCACUAGCAGCCUUAGAACCCCUCCACUAGAAGACCAUGUCAAACACAAUGCGACAUGUGGGUUUGUACAAGGGAAAGAUGUUGGCAACAUCCCAAAAUAUGAGAUCCGUGUACAGCAGCCUGACAGUUCCCAAAGAGACUUGCAGGAGUAUGAAGCAGAGGAACUUAGGUUAAAGUCUUUCACAGGCUGGCCCUUCUAUGCCAGGAUUGUACCCUCCGAACUCUCCAGCGCAGGGUUCUUAUUUACAGGAACCAGGGACACAGUGCAGUGCUUCUCCUGUAUGGGCUGCUUGGGAAACUGGGAAGAAAAUGAUGACCCAUGGAAAGAACAUGCAAAGUGGUUCCCAGAGUGUAUGUUUCUUAGGAGUAAGAAGUCAUUUGAGGAUAUUAAACAGUACAUUUCCACUUACAAUGGAUUUUCUGGAAUUAUGGGAAAGCAUUUUGCUGCUGUUACAGAGGACAGGACAUUUCCUACCAUUACAACCUAUACAAGCAAGAACAUAUUUGAAGAUGAAAACGUUCGACUGGAUUCCUUUAAAAAAUGGCCUGAAAAUGCCCAUGCCAACCCCACAUCCCUUGCUGAAGCUGGAUUUUACUACACAGGAAUAACUGACAAUGUGAAGUGUUUUACAUGUGGUGUCUGUAUUCACUCAUUCGAGCCAGGAGAUGAUCUUUACACAGAACACAAGAAAUUCAGUCCAGCGUGUGCCUUUCUACAUAAACUAUCACAUGCUAAAGAUGAACAGAUUCCGAAUCUCAGUGCCCAACAUUUGUGGAAAAGAAGGGAAUGCCAUCAAAUUCAAGACCACGGAACACCACAUGUAAGAUGGAUGUAUGAAGCAAUUAAACUGCAGAGCCAGCUGGUGGAUGUGUAUUGUAAUGCUAAGUUCUCAAAAUUGUUACCUUUUUCUGACUCCUCCCAUGUUUCUUUAGACCUAAAUUCCCUGUUUGCCGAUAUAUCUGUCACUACAAAGGAUACUACAAAUCAGCGUUUGGCGCAGCUCACAUUACCUGAUAUUCUGUCAGACCUGAGGGACAUCACCAUGAUAGAAGGUGAAGCCGGCAGUGGGAAAACAGCUCUGCUUAGGAAGAUAGCCAUUCUCUGGGCCUCAGGGUGCUGCCCCAUGCUAAGCAGGUUCACAUUGGUAUUUUAUAUAUCUUUUCCAUUAAUUGAAAAACAACAAACACUGUCUAACAUUAUUUGCAAACAGCUAAUUGGACCUGCUUCAUCCUUAACAGAAGAUAUUCUGGGAGAACUAAUGGGACAGCUAAAGAACCAGAUUCUCUUCCUUGUGGAUAAUUAUGGUGUGUUGGACUUUGUACCUGAAUCAAUAGAAAACCUUUUACUAAAAAAUCCCUGGAACAGGGUGAGCAUAGCAGUUACAGUGCGCACUGACCAGGGCAGAAAACUGCGCCAGCAUGCAAGAAGCAUAUUGAGUAUCCAAGAUUUCCCUUUGUACAGUUCAGUGUACAUCUGUAGACAACUUUUCUCUCACGAUAUGCCACGUAUAGAGAAGUUCCUGUUAGAACUGAUAUCUUCUAAAACAUUCCAAGCUGCACUAAAGACGCCCCUUUUUACACUUAGUCUUUGUGUUUUGUGGGUGCAGGAUCCAAAUGAAGAAAUGUCCAGUGAACUAUCAGUUUGCAAGGCUUAUUUAAUGCACACUAUACUAAAACAUCCCAAUGCCAGAGAGAUAGUGGAAGAUCUGGUGUCUGCGUGUGGAGAACUUGCCUUAAUGGGUCUCUUUCAGUCCAAGUUUUAUUUCACGAAUGAGGAUCUCUGCGCAGCUUGUGUUAAAACUGAGGAUGUUCUUAAAGCUGGACUCCUGAGCAAGUUCACUUGGCAGAGGCUACAGUCAACUUACAGCUUCUUCCAUGCAUCCUUCCAAGAGUUUCUUGCUGCUAAGAGAAUGAGCGAUCUUCUGGAUUCUACCGACGAAGUUCAGAAGGAAAAAGGAUUCUCUUACCUGCAGCAAAUCAACACUUUUUUAAAAUUUGCAGGGCGUUUCUACUAUUUCUUAAACUAUUGCUGCUUAUUUUCUCCUAAAUCAGCUACAAUAAUCAUCUCCCACUUGUUUGCAUUGCUAGAUAAUAGUGAAGCGUUUGACUGUCAGUCAGGCACAAAGGUUCACCUUGAGCAUCACCCUAAUCUCGCGUGCUUAGAGCAAAUGCUCACUGUCGUAAACAGCAGGCCAACAGGAUUUCGCCUUUCAUUAGUGACACACAUGCUACUUAUUUUCUCCAUUGAAGCAGCAUAUGAUGGAAAUUCACUCGCUAUGUGCGCUCCCAUUAUACUGCAGUUUCUUAAAGGAAAAGAAAUCACUGUACAUUUUUCCUCUACAAACAAGUGCUUCUUUACAUUUCUAAAAGACUAUCCUGAAGGGCUGUCACAGAUUAAAAGCCUACGGUUAUCUGUGGUGGGAGAAAGAGAAGAAGCCCCUGAUCUAACUUUGAGAUGUCAGGAGGAUCUUACUUCUAUUUGGGGUAUCCCAACCGUUGAGGAGGACUAUUCCAUGGCGUUCCAGCUAGCCACCGAAACUCAAGCACAAAUGAAAGAUUACCGCCGUAAAAAUAUUGCAGGCUUUUCCCAUUUUGAUUUAAACGCAGGAAACCAUAGAAUUAACGUACUGAAAGUUAAAACCACUGGCAACAUUAUUAAAUGGGAAAAGGCCCUUUUUAACUUCAGGAUUUUUUUCCCCCUUUCUCAUCACAUCGAGUUGAAGGUUACAGAUAGUCCAGGUUUCUUUGAAAGACUCGGUGCCUGCAUUGAAAUCUACAAAGAUUCUUUUGUAAAGUGCACAUUGUGUCGGAUGGAACUGAAUUCAGCAGAACAAGAGCUGAUUUUGCACAUGACUUCACUACAGAGCCUUAAAAUAUCUGGCAUGCUGGCACCAGAACAUAUUAUUGGACAUAUGGACUGUUUCACGCAAUUAAAGGAAUUAACUCUGGACUUGUCAGACGAAUGUGAAGUCAUUGGAAUAUUGCCAGAUGGAUUUAAAAACCUACACAGUCUUGAAAAACUGAUGUUUAAUAAUGUGAGCAUGGAAACACACUCAUCUCGAUUAGCACAAUUUCUUACAGGCUUCUCCAAUCUGACUUCUUUUCAUCUGAACUGCACUGUCUGUCCAGAUUUCCAAAAAAUUAUGGCUGCAGUAUCUCAAAAUGGCAAAAUCCAGGAGAUCCAACUGUAUGGAAUAGUUUUUCCAGACCAUGGAAUAGUCAGUUUGGCUUCUGUGCUAUCGCUGAUGACACAACUUAAAGUUCUGAAUAUAGAAAGGCAACUUUGUGACAGCAUGGACACAGGACAGAUGUUUGUCCAAGCCCUACCAUCCCUGGAACUGCUGGAAGAACUGAAACUCCCCAGUGGUUCUGCAAUAAAAGAAAUGGCAAUACCAAUCAUCUUGCAGCUCCAAUAUCUCCCUAAUCUUAGGGUGAUCCAUUUCACUAAUGACACCUUAAAUGACAGCAGCUUGCUUGAGCUCGCAAAUGCAUCAAGAGCCGGACAUUUAAGAAACAUCCAGAGCCUAAAUCUUUCUGCUAACCAUGAUAUCACACAGUCUGGAUGGAGAUCUUUCUUCCAAACCUUAGAUAACCUACUGAUUAUCAACGAGUUGAACAUUUACAGAAUCUAUACAUAUCAGCAUAAAACUGAUCCUUUAACCCUAAAAGCCUUAGUUCAGUGUGUUUCCAGGCUCCACAGUCUGACCUGUCUGGUCAUGCAUGGGUGGCUGCUGGAUGAGAAAGAUCUUGAGAUGUUCAACACAAUGAAAGAAAAUCAUCCAAAAGCCAAGAGUUUCAUGCUACUUUGGCAGUGGUCACUUCCAUUCGGUCCUACUGUGAAGAAAUGACAGCUUGGCUCAUAUUAACCUUAUGUAGAGCUUUUAGUUUUGACAUAUGGCUGAUUAGAUUUUCAUUUUUGAACUAUGAGGUACAAAUUCAUGUAAUAAACAGAAAAUUAAUUACAGAAUUAAGAAAAUGAAA